CUCUUCAUGCUGUCAUCCCCUGCCUUGCCCACCAAAGCACAAGUCACAGCCCCUUCAACUGCAAGUCCAAAGAAACCUUAAGCAAAAUAACUCCGAGCUUUGGGAACCAUGCUUCCAGUUGAGAUCAUUUCAGGACUCCACUACUUUGAACCUGAAAUCCCACUUCCAAAUCCCUCUGACUUUGCCUUCACGCAGAACCAAAUUCCCUCCCUCCAUUUCAACACUUUGUUCAACAACUUAUCCCAUCAAAUCCCUCCUCCUAUAGGCCAUGACUUCACUCAACAAUCCUCCAGCCUCAGCAACAACUCCAGUACCUCUGAUGACGCCGAAGAACAUCACCACCUCAGAGUCAUCGACGAGAGGAAGCACAGGAGAAUGAUAUCCAACAGAGAAUCAGCCCGUAGAUCGAGAAUGAGGAAACAGAAGCACCUCGACGAGCUCUGGUUGCAGGUGGUCCGGCUGAGGAAUGAGAACCACAGCCUGAUAGACAGGUUGAACAACCUUUCGGAGUCCCACGACAGGGUUGUGGAGGAGAAUGCUAGGCUCAAGGAAGAAGCUUGUGACCUUCGCCAAAUGCUCACAAACCUGCAGAUUGGCAGCCCUUACAAUAUAAAUGCUUCUACCUUCAGAGAGCUGGAGGGAGAGGUGCCCUGCAACACGGCUCAUCUCAGAGCCGAGUCGUCGAACCAAUCCAUCGCUGCAUCGGCGGAUUUGCUCCAUUAAGAUAGAUGAGGAUCACUGUUCUCCUGCCAUUGUAACUUAGCCUACUUUAUGUCCUUUUGUUUACUCUAAAUGCUUUCAGUGUUUUUUAUCCUUCAAA